UUAUGAAAUUAAAAUAUCUCAAUAUUUUCUUAUCGAAGAAGUUUAGACAAUUAGGAUUAUGUGUUGGUAAUAAUCCUUCUUACUUUAUCGUCAUUCCGAUGAUUGUAUCCGUGGUAUUAGCUACGGGUCUUCACAAGUGGCACGAAGAAACGAGUGUAAAAUAUUUAAUUGCACCCAAAAAUACCAGACACGUUACUGAAGAAGCCUCCAUAGAAAGUCUGUUUCCCAUGAACUUAUCUUCCGAUGCUUACAUGGAAAGAAUGAACAGAGAACCAAACGUAGCAGUAGUCCUAGUUAAGGCAAAAGAUGAAGGAUCCGUGCUUCGAAGAGACGUAUUUCAAGAAAUUAUUCAAUUGGAUAAAACUGUUCAAAAUAUAAAAACUGCAGAGAAUUUCACAUAUAAAGAUUUAUGCGCAAGAAAUAACAAGAGAUGCUUCGAGAAUUCUAUUUUAUUAAUGCAAAACGAAAUCGAAAUGAUGGAAAACAACACUUAUUCCAUCAAAUACCCUUUAAGCAAGAAAGAUAAAUACGAUUUUCAAUUAACGAGUUUAUUUUUAGGAGGAGUCGAAAAAAAUGCAGACGAUUACGUUAAAAGUGCUAAAGUAUUGCGACUCGUUUAUUACUUUAACGACUAUUCGAAACUUGAAAGAAGCAAAGUGGAAGAAUGGCAAAAUCUGUUUUUAGAUCUUAUUGAAUCGAGUAAUUUUCAGUACAUAAUCGUCGAUCGAUACACAUCGAUUACAAUUGAACAAGAGUUAUCUGCUGUCGUCAGUCGAAUAUUUCCUCGAAUACCGAUUGCAAUGUUAGCAAUAGCAAUCUUUUCAAUGCUGACCUGUUUGUAUAACAGUUGGAUCGAAAGCAAACCUUGGACUGGAAUAAUUGCGUUAACAUCGGGAGGAAUGUCUUUGGCUUCGUCAUUUGGAUUGAUUAUGUAUUUUAAUACACCGUUUGUGGCUCCUGCUGGAUCUAUACCCUUUUUAAUCAUAGGAGUAGCCAUGGACGAUGCCUUUGUUUUUCUUGCUGCGUGGAAAAGAACCGAUUAUCAUAAGACCGUUGCAGACAGACUCUCAGAAGUUUAUUCGGAAUCCGCCAUUUCUGUUACUGUAACUUCAGUAACGAAUUUCAUAGCUUUCAUUUCAGGACUGUUCACCCCUUUCAGAGCCAUAUCUUAUUUUUGUUUAUACGCAUCGAUUUCUGUUCUCUUUUGUUACGUUUAUCAGAUAACGUUCGUUGGUGCAUGCAUGGCACUCUUUGGAUAUGUGGAGAAACAAGGAAGACAUUCUUUAUUCUUCACGAAAAUAAAUACACAAACAGAAAAUCAUUCAUGGAUUCGAAAAAUACUCUUCACCACUCCUAGGUCAUCAAUUUGGACGAAGCUCGGUAAUAUUUUAUUCUUAUGGUAUGUCAUGAUAAUUAUUCUCUUCAUCAUGGCAGGAUACGUGGCAGUUGGAGUUUGGGGAGUGACAAAAACAGACACUAUAGGAUCAUUAUCCGACUCUUCUGCAUACGAUUCAUAUCAUUUGCAGUAUCAUAAAAAUGUUUUUAGAUAUUUCAAGCAUUACGAAAACAGAAUCCAAAUCGUUGUCGAUCAAGAAAUCAAUUAUGCAGAUGUGGAAAUUCAGAAUCAAAUAGAAAAUCUUUUUUCCGAAAUGGUGAGAAAAGGAUUGAUUGCAGAUUUUCUUACCGAAUCUUGGCUCCGAAGUUUCUUGAAAUUCGUCAAAGACGAUUCAAUGGUUUCUAUUGUUAAGUCAUACAAUAUGAGCGACACAAAAGAUUUUAUUGUCGUUUUGCGUAGAAUGUUUCUACGCCAUCCGUAUGCACAACGAUUUCGUAAUGAUAUUGCCUUCAACUCUGACUAUACAGCUAUCGUUGGAAGCAGAUUUCUUUGUCAGACCAAUUUCACUAUUGACGAAAAAUCAUUCUACGUGACUUUACAGAGACUAAGGAAAAUCACUGAUAAAAUGCCAUUCCGUGUGUUUCCGUAUUACUUCUUGAAUUAUGCUGUCGACAGCAUUGACUUGCGUAUAAAAUUUACUGUUCAACUGUUGUGUAGUAUUGUAUUAAUUGUAAUUUUUGUGUGUUUCGUUUUCAUGCCAGACGUCGUCGUCACGUUUUCGGUCACUCUUUCUAUUGUUACUAUCGAAAUUUCUACUUUGGGUUACAUGGCUUUCUGGGAUGUGGAAUUGGCACCAGUGUCUAUAAUUGUCUUAGUCAUGUGCGCCGGUUUUUCGGUGGAUUAUUCUGCUCAUAUGUCUCAUGCUUAUAGACAUUGCGACAUUAAAGAUUCCAAUGAACGUCUUCGUCAUAGCAUCAAUUGUAUAGGAUUCGCAAUAUUUCAAGGUAGUGCAACAACUAUAAUUUCCGUGUUACCUUUAACCAUUCCAUUGGCGUAUAUAUUUGUCACGAUUUUUAAAAUAAUCUUUUUGGUUAUUAUGUUUUCUUUUAUUACUGCUUUGGUAUUUUUGCCGGUUAUUUUAUCGACACUGAAUUAUAUGAAAUCGAAAAUGUGCGAAAGAAAGAAAAGAAGUAAAACCCUCGACCACAAAGUCGACGGGCAGGCAAAUUUUGGUUAUCAAUCGUCAGAAAUUUGUACAUAAAUACGUUUCAAGGCGCUCUCGUCAUUAAUUAAUCGAUUUUAAUUAAUAACUUAAUAAUGUAUUAAUUAUUUCUCGAGGAAGACAUCGUGAUGUGCAGCAUUCAGUUUUCAUACUGCUCUGAAUAGGGUUUUUGAUAGGUCAGUUCCAUUAAACAUCCAGGAAUGGAUGAGUUUGGCACAUCCCCUAAAACUAUGGUCACGUCAAUCGUUGUGGAAGCUGCGACGAGGUAUCUGUAAGUGUCUGAGUCGUUUUAACUGCCUAUUGACUUUAUACAACCAGUUUAUAUUCACUUGUUCGUUUUUUUAAUAGUCAGUCUCUCGUUUCUCGAAUGAUUUUUGCCGUUGUUUUCCUUCAUCUUCCUUUGUUUUAUUUUUUCGAACAUCUUUAAAGGCAAUGAACGAUGACAACUUCUUUUGGUAUAGUUAGUCACACAAGACGAUGAUGAAACGAGAUUUUUCGUGAUCAGUUCGUAUUUCUUUUUUAUAAUCAGAGUUCGGACGAAGAGACUGACAUUUUUCCUUAAAAAACAGAAACAGAAAGCCAUGUGUUGCUCCGGAAGACCGGGAGUAAAAUCUGGAUGGGUCGAAACAUUACAGGAAGUUUAACAGAUUGGUCUGCUUGAGGUUGAUCCAGAGCCGUAACUAGGCAGGUGCAAGAGGUGCAUUCGCACAGGGCCCACUUGGAAGGGGGGACCAAACUGCUGUUCAGGAGAAAUUAUAGUUUUAAAUCUUAAAUUUUUCCUCCCUUUUAUUGGCGAUUACAUUUUGCCUUAUUUAAACCCUAGAUGUCUGCUCACCAGUGUUUUCAACCGUGGCGACUUUUAGAGGAACGUAGUGAGAUAGCGGAGACCUGAGACAAAUCAGCCAAAAGUAGGGACUUUUGAAAUUUUGUUUGUUUAUUUUUUGAGAAAUUU